AUGGCAGACAAUCCUCAACUAGAUACGAUGGGUCUUCCGGGCGAUUCAAUCGAUUUUGCUUUUAAAGAUACCCCUCCUCAGGAAAAGCCUACAGAUGAUCAAACGAACGAAGCUCCUACAUCCCCUACUUCUUCGAAACCUCCUACGAUACCGUCUCUUCGACCAGCAUCAGAAAACGAGGGAAUAGCCACCAUGACAGCAUCUUCUACACCUCUUGGUAUGUUGCAGAAUGCCAGAAGACCAAGACCUGGCCCAUCGAUACCAGGAGGAGGUAGAUCCUCGCAAGUAGGCAGACAACCUGGUGGUGGUUUACCUACAUCCAUGGCGGAAAAAAUGAAAGCAUUUCACGCAUCAAGACAAGGCGUACCUUCCCCACGACCACAGUUACCCACGACAAUUUCAUCACCGGGGGUCCCAGCUUCACCUGUCGUAGAUGGAUUACCUGGAGGAUUACAAUUACCACCCAAUAUGCGACCUCCACCACAAAACUUUGUUUCCGCUCCGGUAAUUCCGAAAAUGAAAAUGGGUGGUGGAUUAAGCGCAAGAAGAGGUAUGAAAUUACCUGGUGGUCUACCUCCAGCUCCAGCGGCUGCGCCAGGUUCCGAAUCAGAUAGUGCACCGAACACUGCAAAUGGAGGUUCUAUGUUUAAUCAAUUUGCAAAAUACGUUGACACAGAGAAAGGGACAUUGAAAUUUGCAGGAAAGGCAGUUAUUCAUGGAGGUGGUAUCGAUUUUGCAAACGGUACAAAUUUCAAUAUGUCUUUGGACGAGGUUGAUACAUUGGAAGAAUUGGGCAAAGGAAAUUAUGGUACCGUUUACAAAGUUCGACAUGCAAGACCACGCAUGCGCAAACCUGGAUUGGGUCUCGCAGGUAACAAAUCAUCUACAACGGAUACCGAUGAUGCCGAAGUGAAACCUGGAGGAAAUACAACUGGUGUGGUGAUGGCAAUGAAAGAACUUCGACUGGAACUUGACGAAGCUAAAUUCGCGGCUAUCAUUAUGGAAUUGGACAUCCUUCAUAGAUGUCUGAGUCCUUACAUUAUCGACUUUUACGGUGCAUUCUUUCAAGAGGGGGCUGUCUACAUCUGUAUAGAGUUCAUGGAUGGAGGGUCGAUUGAUAAAAUCUACGGAGAUGGUAUCCCCGAAAAUGUUUUGAGGAAAAUCACCUACGCAACAACUCAAGGUCUGAAAACCCUGAAAGACGAACAUAACAUCAUUCAUCGAGAUGUUAAGCCAACGAAUAUUCUCGUAAAUACCAAAGGACAGGUCAAAAUUUGUGAUUUUGGUGUUUCUGGAAAUUUGGUCGCUAGUAUCGCAAAAACGAAUAUUGGAUGUCAAUCAUAUAUGGCACCAGAGAGAAUUUCGGGUGGUGGAAUUUCACAAGCUGGUGCAAAUCCUGGAGGUGGAACUUAUAGUGUACAAAGUGAUAUUUGGUCUUUGGGAUUAAGUGUCAUUGAGUGUGCAAUGGGAAGAUAUCCAUAUCCACCAGAGACAUACAAUAAUAUCUUUUCACAAUUGAGUGCAAUUGUCGAUGGUGAACCACCCGAUCUUCCUGCAGAAGGUUUCUCCCCAACUGCCCGCAAUUUCGUCCGAGGAUGUCUUAACAAAAUCCCAAAAAUGCGUCCUACAUACAGCGAUUUACUUCAACAUCCAUGGUUGGCUGAGCUUUCGAAACCAAAUACGAUUUCGGAAGAAGAUGAAGAGGAAGAUGAAGAUCAGGUCGAUGUGGGCAGUUUAAGUCUGGAAGAUGGUGUAAAACAAGAUACAUCAAAUGGUAUCCUGACAGGAACCGAGGACUCAGAGGUUGCAGAAUGGGUUAAAAAUGCUAUCGAGAGGAAGAAAUUGGGUCUCAUGGGUACACAUGCACAGCCCGCCUUACAUAAGGCGCCUUUGGAUACGGUUAGUCCGUUGCCGAGUCCAAGGGAGUGA